GAUUUAGAACUCGACACCAGAAGGAGCUCAUUUUCUAAAUUUUCCCUCGUCUUUUCAUCGAUAAUCCCGCCGAUUGUUUUGCUUUCAUCUCUUUCUUGUUGCUCUUUGGACGCUCAUUUCUCGUUCCACUUUGGGCUAAUCAACAUCUUCGCAAUUCGCUGUUAAACGUUUACCCUCUCUUUUCUUUUAUUCUCUUUGUUAAACAUCUAAAUAAUUUAUUAUUCUUUCAAUUUGGUGGAUAGUGUUUUCCUUUUUAUUUUAAUCCAGAAUGUCAAGUGAUCCAAUUAUGUCUUCUUCCUCUUUUCAGUCAUCUGAACCAAGCGAUUAUCUUCAACCCUCUUCACCAGUGAUCACCUCAGUCAUUAAUAUAUUGGAUGGUGUUAAUUGGGCUGAUAUUGAUUCUGAUAAUGAAGAUACAAUAUGGGAACUAUUGGAGAGUAAACAGAAAGCUACAACUCUCGCUAAAGAGAAUGUAGAUAAUAAUAACAAAAUGGCCUCCAUUGAAUCGCGAGUUAUUCUUAAUAAUCUUAAAAAUGUGACCAAAAAUAGUGACAACAACAACAACAAUGAGAAUAACAAUGAAGUUAAAAGACCGCGUAAACGGGUGGCCUCAGAUUCAUCGUCCUCCUCAUCAACCUGUGGUUCCACAACCUCGGACAUCCGUAAAUGUCUUAAAAAGAGGAAAAAGUCAAUCGAAUAUGAAGAAGAUAAACAAGUUUUAUCUCGCCGAUCAAAGCAAAUUGAUUAUGGUAAAAAUACUCUCGGUUAUCAGAAUUAUCUGAAAGUUAUUCCCAAAGAAAAGCGGAUGGUCAAUGAUCCACAAACACCCAAUAAAUUUAUCAAAUUCAGUAGACGAUCUUGGGACCAACAGAUCAAAUUAUGGCGGAAAAAGUUACACGUUUAUGACCCACCCGAAGAAAACAGUGAAAAAGGUGAUGAGGAGGAAAUCGACAAGAUCGAAAUGGACCUCGACGAUAUAAAUGCCAUAAUCUACCUUCAGUAAUCCAUAUUUUUAAUCCACUUUUAUACUAAUCUCUCUUUCUCAUACAUACAAACAAACACAAUAUUCAUUUAAGUUUUUUGAUCGACUCUUAUUUAUUGACAUCAAUCACUUGUAUUUACAUUAAUCAACUAUUUUUGACUCUCAAAAAGUAAUUAAAACCUAAUAACAACAAUUUACCCAAUCGAA